AUGAAAGGUAAAACCUUUAAACCUGGCGAACCCUAUACUCAUCGUCUGAAUAAAAUUCUUGAGGAAUAUCCGGACGGAUCUCAAAUCCUUCGCGAAAUUCUUCAAAAUUCUGAUGACUCUAAAAGCCGCUCGCAAACAUUAUGUCCUGCUCUUUUAUCUAAAAAUGAUGCCAUAUUUAAUGAACGUGACUUUCAAUCAUUAUUAAAUUUGGCAAAUAGUGAAAAGCGCAAUCAAUACGAUACGAUUGGGGUGAUGGGUCCACAUAAUUGGUACUUUGAUGGUGGUGUUAGAUAUAAUUUUAUUACUGAUAAUAUUGCUACAGAUUAUCCGAAUCAAUUUGCUCCAUUCAUUAAUUCGUUUGGUAUUCCACAUAAUAAGAAAAUUAAUGGCACUAUUUUUCGUUAUCCUCUUCGUACCUUUCAGGAUGCUAAUGAUUCGGAAAUUUCAAAGAAUCAAUAUAAUCCAAAUAAAAUAUUAGAGAUAUUUGAAAAGUUUUAUGAAAAUGAAAGCGUCAACUGCCUUCUUUUCUUGAACUCUGUUGAAAGCAUUAAAUUCUUUGAGCUAAAAAAAAAUGAGUCUGUUCCAAAAUUACUCUAUUCAAUUGAGAUUGUAAAUGUAAAACAAGUACGCGAAAAACGCGAUUUAAUUGCUAUAAGAAUUAGUUCUUUGAUGAAGGAUCUCGAUGAGAAUAAACUUUCCAGUGAUGAAACACCACGUGAUAUUCAAUGGAUUAUUUUUGGUUGGCUUGGUGAUUUAAACGCCGCCGCAACUCAUUUUAAUGACAUUUUUAAGAAAAAAAUAAUUGAUUAUAAACUCAUUCCAAAUGUUGGAAUUGCUAUUCCGCUUAAUGAACCUGAAACUAUUGGAAGAUUAUUUUGCUUUCUCCCUCUUCCAAUAUUAAUGCCUUUUCGUGCUUCCAUACAUGGUCAUUUUGCUGUAAGUCUGUUUUUAGUAUUUUCAUAUGUGGCUUUGGAUUAUAUUUUUGAUCCUUUUGUAUUUGUACUUCAAAAGGUCAGCACAAACAGACGUACACUAUGGUCCACUACUGAUGCCGAAGAUUUGGCUGAGGGUACAUUGGCCAAGCUCAAAGUUUCAUGGAACGAAUACCUUUUCAACGUUAUACUUCCACAAGCUUGGGCAAAGUUUUUAGUCUACCUUCCCAUCGAAAUACCUGACAUAAAUGCCAAAGAUUUCUAUAGCUUUUGGCCAGUUAUUAAAAAAUCUGAUCCUGGAGAUUUUUUUAAUAAUCUUUUAUUAAAUACCAUUAAAAAUUUAAAGGUUUUCUGUGGUCCUCCAAAAUCUUGCUUAUUUGGAAAUAUGUCAGAUAUAUUACCUUUAGACGAAUCUGCAGAUCCUAUUAUCUCAAAAAUUAUUGAAAGCAUAGGAUUUCCUGUAAUUAAUGUUGAUUCUAAAAUAUACAAUGAGUUGAAAAAAUCUUGUCAUAAAGACUGUUUAAAUAUUUGCUCUCCGCAUGUUAUUAGAAUGUAUCUUAUUCAAAAUAAGUUAAAAUGGGAAAACUUAAAAAGAGAUGAUAUUUUAUCAUUAUUUGAAUAUGUACUAAAAGACAAAAAUUAUGCUGAAUUAGAUGGCCUUACAAUGAUUCCGUUAUCUAAUGGAACUUUUGGAACGAUCUCACGACAGGAAAAACAGGAAAGCCAGAAAAAACAUUAUUUUGGAAUUAAAUCAAAAUCGAAAAACCUGGAUUUUUAUAUUGGACCCGAUCCUAAUAAUUCCAUUGGUGCACAAGAAGGAUGGGACCUCAACAUUAAGAUUCUGGUUCCAUCCGUAGUAGCUACCAUGAUCAAAGAUGAAUUAAGUGGAUAUUCAGUUGAAUGUGAUGAGAUUCCACUAGGUGACUCUUAUAAUUGGAUUUUUAAAAUUUGGUCGAAUUUUAAAGAAAGAGAUUAUGAACUGACGGAAUUUGAAGCCAUUCAUUUAUUACCUACCAAUGGUGGAACUCUUAGAAAAUUAAAAACCAGUCGAAAAUGUUUUUGGAAUAGUGUCGAUAAAAAUCUUGACAAUGAAGUGCAACCUCUUAUUGAGAAACUUGGCAUCGUUUUUGUUAAUAAGAAAUUUGAAAAACUUAUUACUUAUAAUCAUUCAAAGUUAUCAAAAUAUGUAAUUGGUCUUGAAAACUUAACAGAGGUUUUGACUUCCUUAAAUGCAGUUGAUACAUUUCCAAAAAAUGUUCAAAUAAAACUUAAACUUCAAGAAGCGGAAAUAAUUAUUAAUUAUUUACGCAACUUAUCCCCUGACAAACCUGUCAAUAAUGACAUCAAAUAUCUUCCAAUUUUUUCCGAAGUUGGUAAAAAAGAACUUAUCGCACUUGAGCCUGGUAAAAGAAAUUGGUAUUUGCUUCCAUCUGAAGACGAAAAAAGUUAUGGAAAAAUCAUUACACCAAAUACUAUAGGAUUUCUUGAUAUAUCAACACAUAACAAGAGAUUUCUUUUAGAGGAUAUUAUAAAAGUUAAUCGUCUAACACAACAAGAAUAUUGGACUAAAUUUGUGAUCCCAUAUUUAGUAAAUCAAACAUCAACAACCCUUGAAAUUGUUAUUAUCAAACUUUUUGAACGGUUACAACUUCUUCUUUCUGAAAAUCCAAAUUUAAAAUCUGAUUUGGGAAAUAUGGCAAAACCAAUAGAUUUAUUUGAUCCCGAUAAUCAUUAUAUUUCGGGUUUAUUUUUUGACGAUGAGCGUCUAAUUCCUACCAGAAAUUUCUCAGAAAAGUAUCGUGACAUCUUUUUGACAUCAUUAAAAUCGUUGGGAAUGAAAUCAUGGCUUUCUUCAUCUGAUGUUGUUCAACGGCUAGAAGUGUUUGCCAAAAGAAGGAAGGACGAAACUAACAUUAAUAUUGUGCAUGAAAAGUCUCUGAAACUAGUUCAAUAUAUCGAUAAAAAUUAUGAUAAACUUUUAGAGAUUAAUCAACAACAGCAAUCAAAUAAGUUGUCCACAAUAUUGCAAACUAAAGAAUGGUUACCAACAGUUGAUUUCACGGGUAAGAAACAAUUUUCUAAAGCAGAUGAGUGCCGAAGCAUAAAGGACAAAUAUUUGGUCGGACUGGUAAUGCCAAUUGUAGAAUAUUCUUUUGAGAAUAAAUCUUUUAUUAAAAAGAUGCAAUGGAAUUAUAGGCCACAUGUUGAUAUUGUUAUUGCGCAACUCAAGACUUGUUAUUCCAUGGAAACAAUACAUGAAAAUACAUUCAAAAUAUGUAAAGAAGUAUACUCAGUUAUGGCUGAUGAGAUAUAUUAUUCUUCAAACUCGAAAAAAUUUAGGGAAGAACUUAAAGAUGAAAAUUGGAUUUUUUGUAAUGGUAAAUUUUAUCCAUCACACAAAGUCGUAAUUCAGCUUGAUAAAAACUUGGGCAGUAACACAUCAGUAAUUGUCGAACUUCACUAUGCAUAUAAGCAAUAUGAAGAAUUAUUUAAAAUAAUGGGUGUUAGACAAAGAAUAGGUAUCCCUUAUUUAAUAAAAAUCAUAAAUGAAUUCAAUUCUAAAAUGACUCUAUCAAAUGAUGAAUUGCACAAAGUGGUAUCGAUCAUUGAAUUAAUUGCAAAUCGAGUUAAUGAGCAAGGUGGUUCUCGUGAAAGUUUAAAGGAUUUGUUGGUACCAAGUACAGAUUGUCAAUUAGUGAAUUUAUAUGAGAUUUACUAUGAUGAUAUGAAAACAAGGUUGGAUGAUGGUGAGAAAAAUGGAUUAAAAAUGGUUCAUUCUUUGAUUUCUUAUUAUGUUGCAAAAACUCUUGGAAUAAAAAUGCUUGCUGGAAAAUUCGUCGACUCUGAUUAUUUACUUGGUUAUGGAGAAGAUUUUGAACAACGUGAACAAUUGGCUGUUAGAAUAAAAAACAUUAUUAGUAAUGCGGAUGAUGCAGGAGCAAAAAAAAUUUGCUUUGUCUUUGAUAACAGAAGUUUUAAUAGACGGAAUUUUAAUAUGUCUAACAACAAAAAUGUUGACAAACAAAAUUCACUAUUAUCUGACGAAAUGGAUCAAUGGCAAGGACCAGCUUUAUGGAUAUAUAAUGAUUCAGAAUUUACCUCCCAUGAUUUUGAGUCUAUAAAAAAACUUGGAAUGGGAGGCAAGAGGGAUGAUAAAACAAAAAUAGGUCAAUAUGGAAUCGGAUUUAAUUGCGCAUAUCAUAUGACCGAUUUACCUAGCUUUGUUAGUGGAGAGCACAUAGUUUUCUUUGAUCCACUACAAAAAUUUUUGCCAAAAACCGGAAAUCCACCUCGAAGUCCUUGCGGAACAAGAAUUAAUUUUAUUGAAAAGAAUUUCAGGAAACGAUUUGAAGAUCAGGCAUCUUCAUAUAUUGGGAUUUUUGGCUGUGAUUUUAAAAAGAAAUUUAAUGGAACUUUAUUUAGAUUGCCUCUGCGAACAAAAUCAAGUAAAUUAUCAAGACUAACAAUAAAUUCAAUGGAUCUCAAACAUGAAAUUUUUGAAUAUAUAGAAGGGAAUCGUGAGAUGUUAUUUUUGAGAAAUAUUGAACAAUGCAGUUUAUAUCAAAUGAAUAAACCAGAUAAUCUAGAUUUAAUUUGGGAGGCCAAGAUUCAGAAUAUGAAUGAUAUACGUGAACUACGCACUUCUCAUUCAUGUGAGACAAAACUAUAUCAACUCGAAAUGGAAAUAUAUAACAAUUCCAAGUUUGAAGAUAUUUCAAAUGAGAUUAAUCGUUCAGCGAGAGGUGGUGUUGCAGCAUUAUUGUCUAUUGGAGAUGGUAAAUCAUUGGAAGAACUUAAAGUUGAAAAGGUUUCUAAUAUCCCAUCACUCAGAGGAAAGCUUUAUUCAUAUCUUUCACUGCCAAUGUUUACAUCUCUUGGUGUUCACAUCAAUGGAACAUUUUGCCUGUCCAGUGACCGAAAGAAUGUUGUUAUACAAGCUGAUAUAACAAAUGAAACUAAUGUUAAAGGCAAAAAAUCUCUGGUCAUGUCUAGGCGUAUGGCCUUUUUCAAAAACUUUUUUAUGUAUAUAAAAAAUCGUCGUGCAAGAAAUAAAUCAAAAAAAUCAGAAAAAUCUUCCAUGUCUCCUACCCUAACUAAAAUAACAGAUUCAGAUGGUGAAUGGAAUAGAUAUGUUAUAUUGGAUGUUUUACCUCCACUACAUUCCAAACUUUUCGAGCAUGUAACUAAUCAAUUGAUGUCACCAUUUAAUGAACAAGUUUUUUCACAAUUGUGGCCAAUAACUUUUUCAACUUCAAAUAUAUUCCGAGAAUAUGGGUUAAAUGUGCUCCGGGAAUUAUACACUAAAAAAUAUAAAGUUUUUUGGUCCGAAGCAAAUGGAGGUUUUCUUACUUCGUUAGAUGAAGCAUAUUUUGUGGCUUCAGAUGAUUCGACUAUUGCAGACUUUCUUAUAUCUCGAGGAGUAAAUUUAGAAAUUGUCAAAAUAUCUGAAGAUAAAUUGGAUCAUAUUAAUGAGAUGACUGAAAAAAUGCAAUUCCAAUCUAUCAAAUCGAUCACUCCAAAAUUAGUUUGUUCUUUGCUUCAGGAUAAUCCAAAAAUUCUGAAUGUUGAAAGCGAAAGGUUACAUGAUAUAGCGUUUGAGUUUUUAGAAUUCAUUACUCAAGAUGACUAUAAACAACUUAACGGUUUGCGAUUAGUACCACUUUGUGAUAAAUCCUUAGGAACUUUUGGUUCGCAAACAUAUUACAUUGCAGAACAAGAGUUACGAAAGCUAUUUCCUAAUGCAUUGUCAGAGUUUGUUGCUGAUCUGCCUUUGGAACUUCAAGAGAUUUUUAAGGACACAGAUUUUUGCAAUGAGCUCCAAAUUAAAUCCUUAGACGCAGAUUCUAUUAUUGAUUUAUUAAAAUUUGUGCUAAAAUGUGAUAAAGAAAUUUAUUGGAAUCCUUCCGGAAAACAUUAUCCAAAUAAAUAUUGGAUUGAUAAAAUACUGUUAAUAUUCGAAGAUCCAGAUGCCGUGUAUGAACUUAGCAAGCUAUCAAGAUUUCCAAUAAUGCCAACUUGCAUACCUUCUCACAGAAGACUGCCCGAUAAUUGUAAUGAAAUUAUUAAACAAUGUAUCUUGCAACCAACUGCAAUGAAUAUGAUUAAAUCUUUAGAGAUGGCCAUUAAAAAAUCUUCAAGAUCUCUGCAACAAUUAUUUGAUGAAAAACUUGAUCAGGAUGAGAUUAAAAAGUUUAGAUCAUUUAUCAAAAAUGAGUUUAUUAUUAGUGAAAAUAAAUCAAUUAAAUUUGUAAAGACCUUACCCAUAUGGCUUACUCAAUCACGUAGUGCUUGUAUAUCCGAAAAAACUAAUAUUUUCCUUAUAGAACCUGAUUCAGACGAAUCUAAUUCAGACUUCAUCACACUGCGUAGUCUAGGCGCAAAAUAUAUAGAACCGGUGGAAUAUGUUAAAGAGCACCUGGAUCCACAAACCGUAACAUUGGAUCAACAAUAUAUUGACUUUUUAAAGGCGAUCCUUUCUUUAGAAAAAGCUGAUAUUGAAAGUUAUUUAUCACCACUUAAAAUUACUCCAAAUUAUCAUUUUACAACACUUGUAAGAGUGGAUACUUUAUAUAAUAUAGAUGAACCUCUUUUUCGUAGAAUUUUUUGGAACACCGACAAACUUUUACACACUGCUUUACAAGGGAAUGCAAAAUUAAAAUUGGAUGCAAAAUUCCUAAUGGAAUAUUUAUACGAACAUUUGGAAAGUUUAAAUUUUACAGAUGAUCAAUGGCAAGAGUUGAUAUCAAUCAAAUUUGUGCCGGUAGACACGGAUCUGGAAAGCCCAUUGAAAGAAACAGCUUUUGCAACAACAGGAUUUGAAUCGAUAAAUUCUAUAUGCUCUCAAGAAUAUAAACUUAUCUGUUGGACACAGUGUCCAUUAUUUUCAAAAUCAAUAGAUCCACCAAACACAUUUAGAAUUAAAUUUCCUGAAUCAUGCCGUCCUACAAUGAAUUGGGUUGCUGGUAAAAAUCUUGUGCUCGAUGCACAAGAAGACAUUAGGGCUGGACUACUUAAGGUCCAUGAUAAUUUAAAAGAAUUUAAAUUAUUAUUGAAAGCAGCCGGUGCUAAGGAAAUUAAAAAUAUUGAAUUCAAUGUAGAAACUCAAGACUAUUCACAAAAAGAAAAGUUGAUUAAUGAGCUAUUAGAUAGCUUUGAAGAGCAGGAUGAUACAAUGCAUCAUGAUGUUGUGUUUCAAAUUCAUUACGAAAGUGGGAUUGAGAAAAUUAAAGCUAAUCGAUAUGUUCUAUCAGCCGCCUCGAAACAUUUUAAAGCAUUAUUCUGUGGAAGAAUGAAGGAAUCUGCAAAGUAUCAAAAAGUGACUAUUGAUAUAUAUGAUAUCGAACCUUUAGCAUUCCGUGUUUUAAUUCGUUGGUUACAUGGCCAAACGCUUGAAGAAGCAAUUAAAGCAGUUAUUAAAGAUUCAAAUAGAGUCGGGGACAAAACGACCCUGAGCAUGCUUCAGGAGCAUACCCUGGGAGACAUGCCUAAACGCUUGCCCUUUUACAAAAAGUUAUAUGUAUUUAUAAAAAUUCUUCGUACAAAAAACAAAUUAAAGAAAUCAAAGGCGAGCAUGCUCAAAAGUUUUUCAGUGCACCAAACCCUAGAUUUAAAAUUAUGUUCUGCUGCAUUCCUAGUUGAUUUGCUUAAGGCCUCAGAUAAAUAUCAAGCCGAUCCACUAAAAAGUCAAGUUGAAGUAAUGAUUAUGACAGGUUCUUAUGUUAACAUUAAUAAUGCAAUCGAAAUGAAUGAAUGGGCGAAAUUACUUCAUGCAACACAACUUAACAAUUAUUGUGAUCAAUAUAUAAAAGAGAAUAAAUCACUUUUAAUUGAAAAAAAGGAAGAUGAAAUAGCCAACGCAGAGAAUGAAGAAGAUAAAAGAGAUCAAGAAGAUAUGCUAAUUGCUGUUUUCAAUUCUUAA